AUGCAUCUUUGUCCCUCCUUUUUCCUGGCUGCCAUACUUCAUUGCUACCAGCAUUUGUACGAAAAAAAACUUGUCUCUUACUUGUAUCGGUUGUCCUUUAUAUACACGCUCUUUUUUGUUUCUUUUGGUUUGUUGUUUACUGCUGGUCUUCGUCCUCCAGAGCUCUCUGCUCUUCCACAUCUCGUUCUCCCUUUUCUUCCUCACAGACAGACCCACCUCCCUCCUUCCUUCCUUCCUUCCUUUCGUCUCCCUCCUCUGCCAAAGGACCGUUUAAGAACCUUUACCUUAGCGUGCGCUAUAUAA